CACACAAAAAUGAAGAAGUGAAGGCAGGAAAAGUUUCUCCAGAGGAAAAAUGCAGGGCUUGUCCUUCACCCUGACGUCAGAUCUGUCUUUAAUAAAAUCCCCAAAGAGCCAAGAGAAAAAGGCAGAGUGCCUCGGCUAGGUUGCCAGUUGAGGAUUGCUCCGCGUUCCCCAAAGUGGUGUUUUUUUCAAAACGGCUCUAAAUCUGGGUUCAAUCAAUGCAUUUAAUCCCGGCUUCCAGGGAUGAGGUGGCUUUUGCCCUGGAUUCUAGCAACAAGCAGCAUUUUGCAGGCCAUUGCCCAGACCUCCACCACCAUGACCCCCACCGUCCCUGCCACGACAGAGGCCUACACACGGACUCAGUACUGUAAGUGGCCAUGCGAGUGUCCGAAGUCCCCUCCUCGGUGCUCAGUAGGAGUCAGCCUGGUCACAGACGGCUGCGAUUGCUGCAAGACGUGUGCCAAGCAGCGUGGAGAAAGUUGCACUGAGGCCGACACCUGUGAUUUUCACAGGGGCCUGUACUGUGACUACAGUGGAGACAGACCUAGGCCAGUUGACUGGAUGAGAAAUGGCAUCUGUAUUCUUACUCUUUGGGUUAGCCGCUGCCAAGAACAAGGAGCAACCAGCAUUGGAAGGUCUUUGGAUCUGCAAGCAGAUGAUUCUGUAUUCCCUGUAACAGGAGGAGAGAUUGUUGGUGUAGGAUGCGUCCUCAACGGAGUCAGAUAUAAUAAUGGGGACACAUUUCAGCCUAACUGCAAAUACAACUGCACUUGCAUUAAUGGGGCAGUGGGCUGCAUUCCCAUGUGCACAAACUCACGCCCUCCCCUUGUCUGGUGCCCAAACCCAAAGCUGAUUAAGAUGGCGGGGAAAUGCUGCGAGCAGUGGGUUUGUGAUGACUCCAAGAAAAUCAGGAAGACGUCUCCACGCCACAUCUCCUCUGCAGCAUACGAGGGGGAGGAUGAAGCCUGGCAGAAGAACUGCAUUGUUCACACCUCACCCUGGAGUCCCUGCUCAAAGACCUGUGGGCUGGGCAUCUCCACCAGGAUUUCCAACGACAACGACCAGUGCCGGCUCAUGAAGGAAAGUCGCCUGUGCAACAUGCGGCCCUGCGAGGUGGACAUAACCAAGCACAUUAAGCCUGGGAAGAAGUGCCUGGCUGUCUACAGGGCCAGCGAAGCAAUGAACUACACCAUCUCAGGAUGUGUGAGCAAAAGUCCUUAUAGACCCAAAUACUGUGGCGUCUGCACAGACAACAGGUGCUGCACACCCUACAAGUCCAAGACUAUUGAAGUGAGGUUUGAGUGCCCAGAUGGAACUGAGAUUUCCUGGAAAAUCAUGUGGAUCAAUGCUUGUUUUUGCAACCUGAACUGCAAGAACCCCAAUGACAUCUUUGCCGACUUGGCUCAUUAUCAUGAUUACUCUGAAAUCGCUAAUUAAAUUGGCUGAAUGCUGGAAUUGACCCAUUGCUCUGAUUUUACAGAGGUUUUAAAAUAAAAGGAGAAUCUUUCAUCCAA